GAUUCGUCAUAUAUGCCAAUUAAAUUUGCAAUUUAUAGACUGCUGUGAAUAAAACGAAAGCAAUAUAAUAAAUUUAACUGUGUCUUUAAUGGAUUGUUCUUCAUAAACCAUAAUUUGACGUAGACGAGAUGAUUAUAGAAAAUCCAGACGUAUUUAAAUCGUGGUUGACGUCCAUAUUGGAACCCCUAUGCGAUGCGGACCCCGCGGCUCUCGCGAAAUAUGUGUACGCCCUCGUUAAGAAAGACAAGCCGCUGGACGAGCUGCGCGACGGGAUGCUGGACCAGCUCGACGUGUUCCUGCAGCAUGAAACGAAACCGUUCGUGGAUAUGUUGUUCAAGUCCCUGGAUAGCCAUGAGUACUUGAAACCGAUUGAGAAGCGGCCUUCGCCGCCGCCCGGGGCGCCCGAGCCGGACCGGGAAGCCGACGCUGAGAAUCACCCCCCGAACGGUACAUCGGAGGAGGCGACCGCCGUGGUGGCCCCCGCGCCGGGCGCCGCCCCCCGCCACCGCGUGGUGGUGUCCCGCAAGCCGUCGCUGUCGGGGCCCACGCCCGCGCCCCCCGCCCCCGCCGCCGCCGCCGCCCCCGCCGGGCCCACCGCGCGGCCCCCGCCCCACGAACACACGCUCGUCAAGGUAUUACCAUUGACUGAAUUACUAAAAGAGCCAGUUGAUCAACCACCCAGAAGAAGAGAUAGACGUGGAGACUCUUUGCGCGACGCAGAAGCACGACGAAGGAGACGAUCUGUGUCAUGGGAGAGGAGACGUGCGCGUCGGCACGACGAGAGACAUGACCACGUGCGCAGACGUGCGUCGCCGCGGUCGCCGUCCCCCCGCGGCCGCUACCGCAACCGCAGCCCGCCCGCCGCCGGGCCCGACCGCCUCGACCGCCCCGACCGACCCGACCGACCCGAUCGACCCGAUCGACCCGAUCGCCUCGACCGGCUCGACCGCAUCGACCGCCUCGACCGGCUCAACAGCAGAUCCAGAUCAAAGUCGCCAAUAAGGAGUCGCGAUCACGAGCGAGAUCGCGACAGACUGCGCGUGACGCGCGAGAUGGACCGCGACCGGAUGUCGCGCGACAGGGACCACCGCGAGCGACUCUCGCGCGACAGAGAGCGCGACAGGUCCCGGGAGCGGUCGCUUGAGAGGUCCCGAGGGUCCCUGUCGCCGCGCCUCGAGCCGCGCCCAGACCUCGACCCCUACAAACGACGCUGUAGAGACUAUGACGAAAAAGGAUACUGCAUGCGCGGUGAUCUGUGCCAGUGGGAUCACGGGAGCGACCCCGUAGUACUGCAGGACGUGCUCGCCGCUCCCCCGCCUGUUCCAGAGUAUAACCCGCUGACGCCGGACAUAUGGGGCGGCGCGGCGGGCGCGGUGGGGGGCUUCCCCCCCUACCCCCCGCACCCCCCGCACGCGCUCCACCUCCACCCCCCCAGGGAACUCAUAUCCAUACCCAGGAUCCGACACGAGCCGGUCGGGCCGGCCCCCCCGCGGCUGCCUGCUCCCAAGCAACGGUCCUUCGACUACAACCGUCUGGCAGGUGCUCCUCGACCGCCGCCGCUGGCUGCCAACGCCAUCAACUGCUCUCUAGAAGUGAAGAAGGUCCCGCGAGGCAUGAACGACAUCUCGCAUCUCAACAACCAUUUCUCUAAGUUUGGAAAGAUCGUUAACAUUCAGGUGAGUUACGAGGGUGACCCCGAGGCGGCCCUGAUCACGUUCUCCAAUCCCACUGAGGCCAACAUAGCGUACAAAAGUACAGAAGCAGUGCUCAACAACAGGUUCAUCAAGGUCUUCUGGCACAACCCUGAGAUUAAGCAAGAUAACUCGAACCACGUGGGCGGUCAACAGAAAAACAUGCAAAUAGACAGACAGAACCCUCACCAUGUGAUGUCACACAACAAGGUGUUCAUCAACCGGGAGAAUAUCAAAGCGACGGCCGACACCAAACAACAAACGGAAAAGCAAACAAAAGAGAUAACGAACGGUCAAGAACCUAAAAAGGAACCGCCAAAAGCAAUUGAGAAGUUCAAGACAAACUCGGAAAUGUAUCAGAGAGCUAGCGAACUACUCGACAAGCAACUACAGCAGCAGAAAUGCUUGAUUGAGAGGCUAGAGUCUGGUAACGUGACCGUUCAGCAAAAACCGGCGUUAGUGGAAGCUAUCAGCUCCGGUCAGCAAGCGAUCGAGAAAUUGAACAACGAGAUCCGUUCCUACGGCAAGAUGCUGGCCGCCGUGAAGGACGAGUCGGUAACGCGAUCUCUCUCUCGGCUGCAACUGGCACAGGCCAACGUGAAGAAACCAAAGACAAGAGAGGAGGCGCAGAGAGAGAUAUUGGAUGCUGAACUGGACCUGUUCACAAAGCAACAGGAGGGUCAAGAUGUCACAGAUCUAGUCAAGAAGGUUGCAGAACUAAGAAGGUUGAUGUCAAUAAACUAUCCACCAAUAAGACGACAACAAUCCAGGGGCGGGCGAUUCAACACAUCAACUCGGUUCACUCGCAACGCUGCCGCCGCACCGAAGACGUUCAGCCAGAACCAGUCGGUGGACCACCGGCCGCGCGCGCUACUCAUCUCCGGCUUUGAAGCUGAUGAAUUGGACGCGCUGGUCGCGCAUUUCUCGCAAUAUGGCCCGGUAUGUCAUAAGGAUGCAAAUCUGACGGUUCCGGAGCUGGUUCUACAGUACCGCGCGCGCGCCCACGCCGAACAAGCGGCGGUUCACGGGAAGCACUAUAACGAGCGGACGCUUUCGGUGACGUGGGUUGCGAAUCCUAAGCCUAUGUCAGCGACGAACGAAGUGGAGCCGCGGGCACCACCGCAAAACGGCGAUAACGGGACCGAGGAGAUUAAAGAUGCAGAGACACCGCCCGAGGUGUCAGAAGAUGUGUUGCUCCGGUUCGAUGAAGAGGAGGAUGAAGACGCCGAGGACCGGUCGUGGAGACGUUGACGUCGCGCCGGCCGCUAGCCGCCGCCCGCACGCAGACCACACGCCGUCCGCACGCAGGGGACACGCUGCGCGCGCGCGCCGGCCAAGCUGCGGACACGCACAGCGCACGCAGCGGCCGCGCUACGAGCUCGUCUCCACCACACCACGGUCGCGGGGCUAGCACUCUACUCUAUAUGUAUAUAUUUAAUGUUGAUAGCCUGUGCGUGACGAACGUAUCUUCGCAUUCGUGGUAGGUAACGCUAGUAACACAUUAUUAGUAUCUGCUGUUUUGUUUAAUAUUAUAUUAUAAUUAAUAUAAUAUCCAUUAUCAUCUGUAAAAUACUACAUACAAUAUUUUAUUAUUAUUAAUAGAUACGUUCACAGUCGCGCACAGAUUGUAAUAGCAUUUAAAACAAUUUAUAUACAUACUCGUUCAGUCACCACUUGCCUAAUGUCAAAGUAAAAGAAUAACAUUUAUUAGAUUGCGGUCCUCCUAAACUAGAAAGCAAUAUAGUGUAAUGUACAGUACUAGAAAACAAUAUUGUACAGUAGACAGUAAGGGAAGUGACCUAAUCUGUACAGGGGUUCCGUAUUUUCCAUAUAUUUCAAACUGGAAAUUACAAUUAUUUGAACAUUUUGUACAACACAUUUAUGAAAGAAAUUUUUAUUUAUUAAACAUAUACGACUUAGAAAAGAAAUCAAUACAAAAUAGAACACAUCACAAUACAUAAUAAGUCCGCCAUAUGUACACAUUGUUUUAGUACAUUAAAGUUAAAAUAAUAAUGACAAUAAUAUGUUUAUUCUGUAAUAGAAACAGAAAUGUUGAGUUGGAGAUAAAUCAUAAGAAAGGAACGCAAUUAUUUAUUUAUUUAAAUAACUGUAUUGACCAAACGAAACAUGGUAUAAAGAGCUAAUUUAAUAGAAGCAUUCUCUACCAAUCGUUUGGUAUGGACAGUCCAUUCAUGAAUGCGGUACUUGACAUAGGUUUGUGAAGUCUAUAACUAAUAAUGCCAGACUAAUUAAAUAAUAUUAAAAUUAAUAAUAACAAGAUCAUAAAAUGUUAAUUAAAAUAAAUAUUGAACCCUUAUGAAAAAUACAUACCAUUUAUAUUUAACUAGCUACGCGUCCAAGCUCCUCACGGGUGUAUAUAUACAUAUA